AGUAUCUUUCUGUCCAGCAAGGUGUGCAGGGACUUCACUGCUCCGAAGGAACCCUCCCCGGGACUGAUGGGGGAAACCGUCAUGAAAAAUCACCAAGCGCUGCUUAAUCAGGGGGAGGAAAAUGAGAUGGACAUAUUUGGAUACAGGACCAGCAUUUGUCGAAAAGCCUUGUGCAUAUGUGGAUAUAUAUUGUCCGUUGGAUUUCUGUUGCUUCUAUUCUACUGGAAACCAGAAUGGCAUGUAUGGGCCAACUGCAUCCCAUGUUCCUUGCGAGAAGCUGAUGUUGUAUUACUCAGAACUACAGAUGCCUUCAAACAACAUACAUGGAAGAAUGUACUCUCAAUUCAGUUAUCUGCCCCUGAAUACCAGUCUUUCAGCGCAGUCACACAGUAUGUGGACUCUGUCAUUACUAAGGCGGUGAUUAAGCCUGCACUACAGGUCCGAUACAUACAAGUGCAGAAGAUCCGGUACAUAUGGGAUGACUGUAUGAACCAGUUUACUAAGUCUGGAAUCUUGGAAGACCAUUAUACUUGUGCAUCUAUACAUAACAAUUUUGGGCAUGGUUUUUUGAAAGAGGAGCAGGAUAUCAGGAGGCUUAUCUGUGGACCCAACAUAAUAGAUGUUGGGAUUGUUCCAAUAUGGAAAUUGCUUUUCAAAGAGGUGCUAAAUCCAUUCUAUGUGUUCCAGCUGUUCAGUGUUUGCCUAUGGUUUGCUGAAGAAUACAUUGAAUAUUCUGUGGCUAUUAUAAUCAUGUCUUUGAUUUGCAUAGGCUUGUCCGUCUACACACUAAGACAGCAAUCAGUUAAACUGCACAGACUAGUUGAAUCUCAUAAUAACAUCAAGGUUUCUGUAUAUGGAAAACACAAAGGGGUCUUCCAGGAAGAAUCCCGACACUUGGCUCCCGGUGAUGUCAUUGUUGUUGAAAGAAAUUCACUUCUCCCUUGUGAUGCAUUGCUCAUCAGCGGAACGUGUAUAGUCAAUGAAAGCAUGCUUACAGGUGAAAGUAUCCCAGUAACUAAGACUCCGCUGCCAAGCACAGACAACACUGAGCCGUGGAAGGUUCACAGCGUGCAUGAUUACAAGAGGCACGUACUAUUCUGCGGGACUCAAGUCAUCCAGACCAAGUCUUCGAACUACAUAAAGGCUGUUGUAAUGAGACAGGGUUUUAAUACAGCAAAAGGUGACCUGGUGCGGUCCAUUCUGUACCCCAAACCGGUGAACUACAAACUGUUCAGGGAUGCGAUGAUAUUCCUUUGCUGCCUGAUUAGUGUGUCCAUGGUUGGGAUGAUCUAUGGCAUUUGUGUAUUUACUUUAAGUGGGGCUGAACCAGGAGAAGUCGUCAAGAAAGCUCUAGAUGUCAUCACUAUUGCAGUUCCUCCUGCUCUUCCAGCGGCUCUCACAGCAGGAAUCAUCUAUGCUCAGAAGAGGCUUGAGAAAUAUGGGAUCUUCUGUAUUAGCCCUCAGCGUAUUAACCUCUGUGGCUCGGUGAACCUAUUCUGCUUUGAUAAGACUGGAACCUUAACAGAAGAUGGCUUAGAUCUUUGGGGAAUUGUCCCUUCCAAUGGAUAUCAAUUUAAAGAUAUCAUUCCAGUCUCAAGUGGCUCAUCACUUUCAUGGGGGCCUGUUUUGGGAGCUAUGGCUUCCUGCCAUUCAUUGAUUUUGUUAGACGGGACUGUACAAGGAGAUCCUCUGGACUUGAAAAUGUUUGAGUUCACGUGCUGGGACAUUGAAGAGGCCCCAGCAGGUCACAAUGAAGAAUCUAUGCAGUCCAUGACUGUGAAACCAGGUCCUGACGCAAAUAAGGUCACUGUUGAAGGUAUUGUCAUCCUACAACAAUUCCCAUUCUCCUCUGGCCUGCAACGCAUGUCUGUGAUCACCCAGAUUCUCAAUGGUGAUGAAUAUGCUGUUUACAUGAAAGGAGCUCCAGAAAUGGUGGCCUCAUUUUGCAUACCAGAUACAGUUCCCAUCAACUUUUCAGAUGAGCUGGAGCUUUACACAAAACAAGGCUUCCGCGUUAUUGGGCUGGCCUACAAAAUACUGGACAGAAACGAGAGUAUAAACAUCAAAGCUUUAAAGCGGGAUGAAGUGGAAUGUGACCUAACCUUCCUUGGUCUUCUUGUGAUGGAAAAUCGCCUUAAAUUGGAAACCAGACCAGUGUUAAAGGAGCUGUCUAAUGCCAGGAUCAGAACUGUCAUGAUUACAGGUGACAAUCUACAGACAGCUGUAACUGUUGCUAAAAACUCUGGGAUGAUAAAAGAAAGUAGCAAUGUUAUCUUGGUAGAGGCCAAGGAACCUACUGACUCUAGCUUGGCCUCUAUUAAAUGGUCUCUUGUUGAGGGUGUAAAACAAAAAAAAUUUGAAGAAGUGGACAUUUUUAUUGAUAUUUGGGAAAAAAAUAAGCCAGACAUUGAAAAGCCUCCCUAUUAUUUUGCCAUGACUGGGAACACUUACGAAGUCCUUUGGCAUUACUUUAAUAGUUUGCUACAAAAGAUACUCCUCAAUGGAACUGUUUUUGCUCGAAUGUCUCCAGGGCAAAAAUCCAGCCUUGUGGAGGAAUUCCAGAAAUUAGGAUAUUACGUUGGUAUGUGUGGUGAUGGUGCAAAUGACUGCGGUGCCCUAAAAAUGGCUCAUGUUGGAAUUUCUUUGUCUGAACAAGAAGCUUCAGUGGCGUCACCAUUUACAUCACACACACCAAAUAUUGAAUGCGUUCCACAACUAUUAAAAGAAGGAAGAGCUGCUCUGAUUACCUCCUUCUGUGUGUUCAAAUACAUGGCGCUUUACAGCAUGAUCCAGUAUAUUGGGGUGCUACUACUUUACUGGCAGCAAAAUUCUUAUGGAAACUAUCAGUUCUUGUUCCAAGACUUGGGUAUAACCACUAUCAUUAGUGUGACAAUGAGCUUGAAUCAUGCCUAUCCAAAGCUUGCCCCUUAUAGACCACCAGCACAACUGACCUCUCCUCCUCUGUUACUCUCUGUAUUGUUAAACAUUAUCCUCAGUCUCAUCUUACAAAUAAGUGGCUUUCUGAUUGUGCAAAAACAGAUCUGGUACAAUUCAACUGACAUCUAUAGUGCCUGCAGCCCAGCUAAUGGGAGUUACUUAAAUGAGACGACUAGGAAUGAUUAUAUACUGCAGCCACAGGACCCAGCUGUGAAGGCUGAAUACCAGAGCUACGAAAACACGUCCGUUUGGUUGUUGGCAACUUUAAACUGUUUAAUUGUCGCUUUUGUAUUCUCAAAAGGGCAACCGUUCAGACAACCCUUUUAUACCAAUUAUCUGUUUGUCAUUGUGAUUCUAGUUCAGGUCGUCGUGUGCCUUUUUCUACUAUUUGCAAAUAUUUCUAAUUUAUAUAUUGCUAUGGAGCUUGUAUGUACCCCCCUCCUGUGGAGAGGUUGUAUAAUAAUUAUGCUGCUGAUUGUAUUAGCACUUUCAUAUUUUUCUGAGGAAAUAAUAAUUGAAAACAGAAAAGUCUGGAACUUGCUGAAACAUCUAACCAACUAUAGAUCGAAGAGUCCAUAUAAGAAGCUACAACACUCAUUGUCAAAAGACUCUGAAUGGCCUCCACUCAGCUCUAAAGAAGUAGCAAUGACUACGGACAAAGCACUAAGAAGUGAAUUGGGAGAUUAUGUGAAUCCAAGUUUUCAGAACAAUGAGGACCUAUGACAGGUUGAACUAGCAAGCAGUUUAAUGGCCUUACUUUAUUGAACUCAGGUGUAUGUUUUUAAGAAUCAAAGUGUUUCCCUGUAGAAGAUUUUUUUUUAAUGUAUUUUAAAGAAGUCCCUGUAGACUGGGUUUAUUGCAGUAGUGUACUGUGUGACCAAUAAACUUGAGCGAAUUGAA